CAUGGGAACGCUAAACCUUAACCUUAACCUUAUUUCUCCAGCAAGGCCCCGAUUUACCGCUCAAGCCUGUCAAGGUCGGACUACGUAUAACGUACAUAACGACUGCGGCCUGCUUGGCCCUCGUGAUCUGUUUCUAGUUUUGAACUAUUAUUCCACCCUCCAUCGAGUUACAUACUCUAGGACUCGCAGUGGUAUCAACGAUGAGCUGGGUGUCUGACACGCAAGCCAGUCUGCAAGGGCUAUUGAACGUCACGGCAGAUUCCCUGGCAGAGUACUGCGGAUUGACUGGCAAUCAGCAGGAAAAUUCAGUGUUUCUCGAACGACAGCUUGGUUUACUCCAAAGGAAUCCAUCCCAAAGCGUGAUCAAUUCUUUCUAUCUUGCUUCUGUCAGUGAAUUUUGCGCCAAGUAUCUCCCAACCCUCGUGGACGCCUACAAUGCCCAGGAUGCAGCUUUCAGCGUACCCAUGAGAAUGCUCAAUGUCGUUGCUUACCUACCUUACUUUACUAGGUUUCUAUUAACCACGGCCAAAACAUCGAUUUAUCCUACAUCCCUCGUAGAAAUGUGCCAAUUUCUCUCGACCCUCUUAGCCCUGGAGGGCCCGAAUCCCAUCAGCGAGGAAGAUAAGCAAGCGCUUCUCCCCAAACUACGUGAAUGGGAUAGGAAGUACCAGAGGCAACAAAUCACGCGUUGCCUCAAGCAGCUGGAGGGCGAUCCGGAGACAACGCUCAUAGCAGAUGGCCUGAAACAACACUGUGAAAGGUCUCUUAAUCAAUGUGGCUUUGACGGCUGUGGAAAGUCCGGAACCUCGAAGCUCUUGCAAUGCUCUCGGUGCAAAACGGCUGUUUAUUGCGACCGUGAUCAUCAGAAGAAAUCUUGGCCGUUUCAUAAGGCAACGUGUUUCCCAGCGGCCUUUUGAGAAACAUGUGGAACUCAGAUUACGGGUUAGGACUUGGUACAGCCAAGAGAUAUCUCUGUAGCAUAUUCACGUCUGACAACCGGUCUUUUGAACUUUAUUUCGUCAAGUGCAUUUUACCCGCGAACGAUUAAACCCUCGUCUGCGCAUAAAUACCGAGAGAAGCCCCCGGUAAUGAACCUGAUUGCUCGACCGACAUAGCCACAUCAACAUCAGCAGAACCUUGCUCCUUGAUAGAACCAGAGCUUGUGACCUCCGUCACAACAUCCUCCUUUUUAUGAGCAAGUAAAUCUGCAGCCGUUUCCAUCUCUG